AUGCCAACAGCAGCAGCAGCACCACCACCACCAGCAGCAGCAGCAGUAGCAGCAGCAGCACCAGCAGCAGCAGCAGCAGCCCCCAGCACGGAUAACAACAAGUACCCCAGCACGGAUAACAACAACUACCCCAGCACGGAUAACAACAUCUACCCCAGCACGGAUAACAACAACUACCCCAGCACGAAUAACAACAACUACCCCAGCACGGAUAACAACAACUACCCAAGCACGGAUAACAACAACUACCCCAGCACGGAUAACAACAACUACCCCAGCACGGAUAACAACAACUACCCCAGCACGGAUAACAACAACUACCCCAGCACGGAUAACAACAACUACCCCAGCACGGAUAACAACAACUACCCCAGCACGGUCCCAGCAACAACUACCCCAGCACGGUCCCAGCAACAACUACCCCAGCACGGUCCCAGCAACAACUACCCCAGCACGGUCCCAGCACGGUCCCAGCAACAACUACCCCAGCACGGUCCCAGCACGGUCCCAGCAACAACUACCCCAGCACGGUCCCAGCAACAACUACCCCAGCACGGUCCCAGCAACAACUACCCCAGCACAGUCCCAGCAACAACUACCCCAGCACAGUCCCAGCAACAACUACCCCAGCACAGUCCCAGCAACAACUACCCCAGCACAGUCCCAGCAACAACUACCCCAGCACAGUCCCAGCAACAACUACCCCAGCACGGAUAA